UCUCACCGGCUGUAGAAAAUGGUGAAAGAAUCCACUUAUUAUGAUGUUUUGGGGGUCAAACCCAAUGCCACCCAAGAAGAACUGAAAAAGGCCUACAGGAAACUGGCUUUGAAGUACCACCCUGAUAAGAAUCCAAAUGAAGGAGAGAAGUUUAAACAGAUUUCUCAAGCUUAUGAAGUACUCUCUGAUGCAAAGAAAAGGGAAUUAUAUGACAAAGGAGGUGAACAGGCAAUUAAAGAAGGUGGAGCUGGUGGUCGUUUUGGCUCCCCCAUGGACAUCUUUGAUAUGUUUUUUGGAGAAGGAGGAAGAAUGCAGGGAGAAAGGAGAGGUAAAAAUGUUGUGCAUCAGCUCUCAGUAACCUUAGAAGAUUUAUAUAAUGGUGCAACAAGAAAACUAGCUCUGCAAAAGAAUGUGAUUUGCGAUAAAUGUGAAGGCCGAGGUGGUAAGAAAGGAGCAGUUGAGUGUUGUCCCAAUUGCCGAGGUACUGGAAUGCAAAUAAGAAUUCAUCAGAUAGGACCUGGAAUGGUUCAGCAAAUUCAGUCUGUGUGCAUGGAAUGCCAGGGCCAUGGGGAACGGAUCAGUCCUAAAGAUAGAUGUAAAAGCUGCAAUGGAAGGAAGAUAGUUCGAGAGAAGAAGAUUCUAGAAGUUCAUAUUGACAAGGGCAUGAAAGAUGGCCAGAAGAUAACAUUCCAUGGUGAGGGAGACCAAGAACCAGGACUGGAACCAGGAGAUAUUAUCAUUGUUUUAGAUCAGAAGGACCAUGCUGUUUUUACUCGGCAAGAAGAACUUUUCAUAUGUAUGGACAUACAGCUGGUUGAAGCACUGUGUGGUUUUCAAAAGCCAAUAUCUACUCUUGACAACCGAACCAUUGUCAUCACCUCUCAUCCAGGUCAAAUUGUCAAGCAUGGAGAUAUCAAGUGUGUGCUAAAUGAAGGCAUGACAAUUUAUCGUAGGCCAUAUGAGAAGGGUCGCCUCAUCAUCGAAUUUAAGGUAAAUUUUCCUGAGAAUGGCUUUCUGUCUCCUGAUAAACUCUCUUUGCUGGAAAAACUCCUACCUGAGAGGAAGGAAGUAGAAGAGACUGAUGAAAUGGACCAGGUAGAACUGGUGGACUUUGAUCCAAAUCAGGAAAGAUGGCGCCAUUACAAUGGGGAAGCAUAUGAGGAUGAUGAACAUCAUCCCAGGGGUGGUGUUUAGUGUCAGACCUCUUAAUGGGGCCAGUGAAUAACACUGCUGGCAUUUUAUGUGCAGUAGUGAAUAAGUGAAGGACUAUAAUCAUAGCUCACUACUUGCUAUUGUUUUUGUUUUAAUAUUCAACUAUAGUAGUGUUUUAAAAGUUAAAUGAAGAAUAAACUCAAAUAUAAAA